AUGUCUACGUCUACGAGUAAGCCGACAGCUACCGAGGCACCAGGCAGCGAAGUCAACAAACCGACUUCACACCCUCGAUUUUACUUUCAGACCGGAGACCUCGUGUUUCAGGUCGAGAAUGCAAUCUUCAAAGUGCACCGUCACUUCCUCAUGGAACAUUCACCGGUUCUUCAGGAUAUGUUCUCCGCUUCGCACUUGAUUGAAAGGUCUGGAGAUGGGGAAGACGACUCGCCUGCAUUUGUAUUGAAGGACGACUCUUUGCGCGGAUGGGAAUGCAUUUUGUCACUCUUCUACCCACAGAAUGUGUUUCAGCAGCCACGGUUCACAGCGGUCGAAUGGGCCAGCAUUCUCCGCGUCGCUCACAAGUAUUUGAUGGCGGCUAUUGAGAUCGAGGCAAUGAAAGGCUUACAAGAGGCUUGUCCUCCUCUGGACAUGGUCGAGCUCAUGAUUGUGGCGCAGCACGUUGGGUCGGACGAGCUUUACAAUAUCGCUCUCCAAUCCCUUGCACAGAGAGAUCAGAUGUUGUCAUUUGAAGAAGCGGAGAAGAUUGGCUUUGAGGCUUUCUACGACGUUACGAGGACGGAGCAUGUUUACUUUGCUCGAACGAGGCGGGAGAUGCGCUGGUCGUAG